AUGCAAGCAGAGAAAAACCCUAGCAAAGCCACAGGGGACAGGUCCAUCAGUCUCCAGCAGUGCAGCGAGUGGGGCGCGGGCGACCCUGGUUCCGUUGCGCUGCUUUUGUUCGACCAGGCGGCCGGGGACAUGCGGCGGGAGAGGAGGGAGGAGCUGCGGCGCCACCUCACCGAGGACGCCGACUGGCACCGCGCCGACGGCCGCUCCUUCCACGACUGCCGGCCCGCAUUUAUGCAAGCAGGACCAACUACUGCUGCAUCAGGGUCUGCUUAUGCGGAAUUCGGGAAGACGAAGGUCAUUGUAUCGGUUGAUUACCUUUGCAGGUUUGGGCCAAGAGAAAGUAAGAAAGCAAUGAUGUACAGUGAUGUUGGUAGGCUCAAUUGCAAUGUGAGCUAUACAACAUUUGCCACUCCAGUGCGUGGACAGGGAUCGGACAACAAAGAGUACUCAUCAAUACUUCAUAAAGCUUUGGAAGAUGCUGGAAUCAUGAUGUAUGACCUUGCUACAUCUGUAUCCGUGAACAUCAUCAUCGAUCCAACCUCAGAUGAGGAAGCAUGGCAAGACGGAAGCCUUAUGGUAGCUUUUAUGCCAGCCCGCAAGGAGAUCACACAACUUACGCUCAAUGGAGAGUGGUCUGAUGGCAAAAUCACGUUUGCCUUAUCUACGGCACUAUCAGAGAUGAUACCAAAGCAGUGACAGACUCUUUAACAUUUUGUUGUUUUACCUUCAUCAACAGGCAAUGGAGCUCUGUAUAGAUGCCUGCAGUAAGCUCUGUGGCAUACUGCGGGACCGAUUGAAAGAUACCGCCACCUUGACAAGUGAAUGACAUUGCAGAGGCAACACUUGCAACAACAGAUAUCCUUAGCUGUACAAAUUUUAUAGGCAAGGGAGGCUGGUAGGCCUGAUGUUUGAGUGAGCAUGCAUGGUUAUGGUGAUUAUCUCCUUCAUGGCAAAAUAGUGAAUUGUGAAGCCGGGAAGAAGUUGGGUGGUGUGUUUGUGUCAUGUAAUUUAUACUACUCCUGACCUUUGGCUUCAUGUAGCACCUGUAUCGUCCUU